GCUCGCAACCUCCCUCGCGCGAUCCAUUUCUUGGCUGGGAGCAACCACCGUGUGUGUCCGUGCCAAGAAGCCACCAAGAACCCAUGGCCAUGGCAACCCACCACCAACCCAAGCGCCGGCGCUUCUCCCCCGCGCCGCCGCCGCUCGCCUCGCUCGCCGACGAGCUUAUCUUCCUCGUCCUCGACCGCGUCGCUGCCGCCGACCCGCGCGCGCUCAAGUCCUUCUCGCUCGCCUCCCGCGCCUGCCACGCCGCCGAGUCCCGCCACCGCCGCGUCCUCCGCCCGCUCCGGGCCGACCUCCUCCCCGCCGCGCUCGCCCGCUACCCCUCUGCCUCACGCCUCGACCUCUCCCUCUGCCCGCGCGUCGCCGACGCCACCCUUGCCGCCGCCUCCGGCUCCGCAGCGCCAUCCCUCCGCGCCGUCGACCUCUCCCGCUCCAGGGGGUUCGGUGCCUCCGGCAUCGCCGCGCUCGUCGCCGCCUGCCCCGACCUCGCGGACCUCGACCUGUCCAAUGGGGUCGAUCUUGGGGACGCCGCGGCGGCGGAGGUGGCGCGGAUGCGGCGCCUCCAGAGGCUCUCGCUGUCGCGGUGCAAGGCGGUCACCGACAUGGGGCUCGGGUGCGUCGCCGUCGGGUGCUCGGACCUGCGGGAGCUCUCGCUCAAGUGGUGCCUUGGGGUCACGGAUUUGGGACUGGAGCUCCUGGCCCUCAAAUGCAAGAAGCUCACAACCCUGGAUCUCUCCUACACCAUGGUCACAAAAGAGCGCUUUGCAUCCAUCAUGAAGCUACCCAAGCUUGAAGUGUUGGCACUGGUGGGCUGUGUUGGAAUUGAUGAUGAUGCCCUUGGUUGUCUUGAGAAAGUAUGCAACAAAUCAUUACAGGUGCUUGAUAUAUCAAAUUGUCAGAAUGUCACUGAUGAGGGAGUCUCAUCCGUAUUGAAGUCGAUACCAAAUCUAUUGGAACUGAACCUCUCAUACUGCUGUCCUGUUACUCCUUCUAUGGUGAGCAGCUUCCAAAGUAUUGCUAAAUUGCAGACCCUGAAGCUGGAAGGCUGCAAGUUCAUGGCUGAUGGACUAAAAGGCAUUGGAAGGUCUUGUGUUUCUGUUAAGGAGUUAAGUCUGAGCAAGUGCUCUGGAGUGACAGAUACGGAACUUUCUUUUGUUGUGUCAAGACUAAAGAAUUUGCUGAAGCUGGACAUUACUUGUUGUCGUGAUAUCACUGAUGUUUCACUAGCUGCCAUCACUAGUUCAUGCACUUCCCUCAUCUCUCUGAAAAUGGAGUCCUGUAGCCAUGUUACCAGCGGAGGACUCCAACUUAUUGGAAAGCACUGUUCUCACUUGGAAGAGUUGGACCUUACUGACAAUGAUUUGGAUGAUGAAGGGUUGAAAGCUCUCGCCAGAUGCAGCAAACUGUCGAGCCUAAAAAUUGGCAUUUGCUUGAGGAUAAGUGAUGAAGGUCUAAGCCACAUUGGAAAGUAUUGCCCAGAACUCCGAGAAAUUGAUUUGUACAGGUCUGGUGGCAUCAGUGAUAAUGGGGUUACUCAAAUUGCGCAAGGCUGUCCAAUGCUAGAGUCUAUCAAUCUGUCCUACUGUACAGGAAUAACAGACCGUUCACUAAUGUCACUCUCAAGAUGUGCAAACCUGAACACGCUGGAGAUUCGUGGCUGCCCCACGGUUUCAUCAUCUGGGAUCUCAGAAAUAGCAGUGGGAUGUAGGCUACUUUCCAAGCUUGAUAUUAAGAAGUGCUUUGAGAUCAAUGAUGUGGGGAUGCUUUACCUUUCUCAAUUUUCUCACAGCCUCCGUCAGAUAAACUUGUCAUAUUGUUCGGUCUCCGAUAUUGGACUCCUUUCCCUUUCCAGCAUAUGUGGCUUGCAGAACAUGACCAUUGUACAUUUAGCAGGUAUUACGCCUAAUGGCUUGAUAGUUGCUCUAAUGGUCUGUGGUGGUUUGACAAAAGUGAAACUUCAUUCAGCAUUCAAAUCCAUGAUGCCUCCUCACAUGCUCAAAAAUGUCAAGGCACGUGGUUGUGUUUUCCAGUGGAUCAAUAAACCAUACAAGGUUGAGCUUGAACCGUGUGAUGUAUGGAAGCAACAGUCACAAGAUGUGCUUGUACGAUGAAAAGGCUUAAAGCGUAGCUAAUGUGGCAACCAAUGCAUGCAUUGUGACGAUCAAUGAUUCUUGACUGGCACUCUGAAGCCUAAAGAAUGAGCUCGAAAUAUGGUACUGUAGUUGGUGUGGCAUUGUGCUGAUACUGUCAGAAGUAUGUUGUAAACUAGAUCAGUAGAUUCAGUCCUUUUGUUUGCUCAAGUGAGCCGGCCAGGGGAGUGUACAUUUUUGUCAAAUAAAACCAGGAAAUUGGAAUUCUUUGGCAGAAGAUUGUUGUAUACUGGAUCCCAUUCCUUUGUUUGCUCAAGUGAGCCUGCCAGGGAGUUCGUUUCAUUGAACAGAAUCUACAAAUUUUCUUUUCAUGUCUUGUACAGCGUAUAGUUGAUAUGAAAGAGAUUGAUAGUGAAAAGAUCAUUUUGGGCCU